CUAUCUCGCAGGCUUAACACUCGCCAUAGAAAUGAGUCAAGUGCUGAUUUUGAGAAACACAGCGGUAAGAGACUGAAGACUGGAUCACGGAGAAGUCGAGACAGGACGUCCUUUGCCCGCAUCCGCAGCACACCAUGAGGGAAAUCGUUCACAUCCAGGCUGGACAGUGUGGGAAUCAGAUUGGGGCGAAGUUCUGGGAGGUGAUAAGUGAUGAGCAUGGCAUCGAUCCCACCGGUAGUUACCAAGGUGACAGUGACCUGCAGCUGGAGAGGAUAAAUGUCUACUACAAUGAGGCAUCAGGGAGUACAGGCAGCAAAUUUGUCCCCCGUGCCAUUCUGGUCGACCUGGAGCCAGGAACCAUGGAUUCAGUCCGCUCCGGCCCAUUUGGACAGCUAUUCAGGCCUGACAACUUUGUCUUUGGUCAAAGUGGAGCAGGAAAUAAUUGGGCCAAGGGUCACUACACUGAGGGAGCUGAGCUGGUGGACUCAGUCUUGGACGUGGUGAGGAAGGAGUCAGAGAACUGCGACUGCCUCCAGGGCUUUCAGCUCACCCACUCACUGGGUGGAGGCACAGGUUCAGGAAUGGGUACACUGCUCAUCAGCAAGAUUCGUGAGGAGUAUCCUGACCGUAUCAUGAACACCUUCAGCGUCAUGCCCUCCCCGAAGGUGUCUGACACUGUAGUAGAGCCCUACAACGCCACUCUCUCUGUCCACCAGCUAGUGGAAAACACAGAUGAGACCUUCUGCAUUGACAAUGAGGCCCUGUACGAUAUUUGCUUCCGCACCCUGAAGCUGACCACACCCACCUACGGAGACCUCAACCACCUGGUAUCAGCCACCAUGAGUGGGGUGACCACUUGUCUCCGCUUCCCUGGCCAACUCAAUGCCGACCUCCGUAAACUGGCUGUCAACAUGGUGCCCUUCCCCCGCUUGCAUUUCUUCAUGCCAGGCUUUGCACCUCUCACAAGCAGGGGCAGUCAACAGUAUCGUGCCCUCUCUGUGCCAGAGCUCACACAGCAAAUGUUUGAUGCCAAGAACAUGAUGGCAGCCUGUGACCCUCGUCACGGACGCUACCUCACCGUGGCGGCCAUCUUCCGUGGCCGUAUGUCAAUGAAGGAAGUGGAUGAGCAGAUGUUGAGUGUGCAGAACAAGAACAGCAGCUACUUUGUUGAAUGGAUUCCCAACAACGUCAAGACCGCCGUUUGUGACAUCCCUCCCCGUGGCCUCAAGAUGUCCGCCACCUUCAUCGGCAACAGCACGGCCAUCCAGGAGCUCUUCAGGAGGAUCUCUGAGCAGUUCACAGCCAUGUUCCGCCGCAAGGCCUUCCUCCACUGGUACACAGGAGAGGGAAUGGAUGAGAUGGAGUUCACUGAGGCUGAAAGCAACAUGAAUGACUUGGUGUCUGAGUAUCAGCAGUACCAGGAUGCCACAGCUGAUGAACUGGGUGAAUAUGAAGAGGAUGAAAUAGAGGAUGAGGAAGAAGUCCGCCAUGAUGUUCGCCACUGAUUGUAAAACACUGACAUGACGCUCUGAGUGAACCAGUCCCUCAAAAUAUUAACUGUUGUCAAACAAUGCAGUGAGAUACGCUAGAGAUGCAGAUGUUCAACUAAGUAUUGCAGUUACAGCUGUUUAGCUAAAAUUAUAUUGCAUAUAGAUAUGGCUUAUACUGACAAAGAUCAUAAGUGGUGUUAGAACCUAAAAAAGUACCAUAGUAAUUGGUUUUCCAAGUCAUGCUUUGCCAGUGUCAAAAAUAAGUACAGUCUUGUCCUAAAUGCAAUUUUGUAACAGUUACUUCAACAUCCAUUCACUGUCUCAAGUCUCGAAUAAAAAAAGCAACCCUGUCAAUACUUCA